AUGUCUUUCAUUCGUCUUAACUGCUUUCUUCGUGGUGGAACCGUUAAUAACAUCUUCGAUGUGGAAAUUGAUAAUAAUUUGUCUGUUGGUGCUCUGAAAGAUCAGAUCAGAAAUGUCCGGCAAGACUUACGUCAAGAAAACUUCGAUCUAUAUGAAGUUAAUUUUUUUCAGCCCAAUUUUUCCAUAGUCUCUUCUGUAAACAGUUUUGCGAUUAGACAAGGAGUGUUUAUGGUUCCACAAAGAGAAAUUUCUAAUUAUUUCUCUACCUUGCGUAUCAAUACUCUCAUAGAAAGGCCACCUUACCCUCAAGAAAACGGUGAAAGGGGUGUUAUUCAUGUCCUCAUAUACCCUCAAGAUUAA